AUGUCAACCGCCCUCCCCUUUUCCGAACCACCGUGGCUGUUGGGCCUACCAAGUCCGAUCUACAAGGACACGCACAGAAAAUGGCAGGCUGCCAUUCGGCCCUUCAUUGAGAAGCAUCUUCUGACCAAGGCGCGAGAAUGGGAAAGGGCCGAGACAGUGCCGGAGCACGUCUUUACAGACUUUGCCUCUGUAAACAUGCUGAUCCCAGCUCUGCCGGCACCCCUGCCCGUGGCUUGGCUGAAGCGUCUGGGGAUUCACGAGCUUCUGGGCGGGCUCAAGGUGGAAGACUUUGACUACCUCCACAGCCUCAUCUUUGCCGAUGAGAUGGCCCGGAGUGGUCUGGCGGGGCCGCCCGGCAGCCUUACCACGGGCUUCGCCUUUGGUAUACCACCCAUUAUCAAGUUUGGUAGCCAGCAGCUCCAGGAGCGCUUCCUGCCCGAGCUGCUCAGGGGUGAGAAGAGGAGCUGCAUUGCCAUCACCGAGCCCGAUGCCGGGUCUGAUGUCGCCAACAUUACGACUACUGCAGUGAAAAGUAAAUGCGGCAAGUUUUAUAUCUUGAAUGGUACUAAGAAAUGGAUUACCAAUGGUGUCUGGACAGAUUAUUCUAGCAUGGCCGUCCGUACUGGCCCUGAAGGUUCCGGGGCGGCGGGACUCUCCAUGAUGGUGGUCCCGCUCAAGAACACACCGGGCGUCAACAUGAGACGACUCAAGGUCUCUGGGCAGGUUUCGGCCGGCACGACCUACAUUGAGCUCGACGAUGUCAAGGUGCCGGUGGAGAAUCUGAUUGGAAAAGAAGGCAUGGGCAUGCGUUACGUCAUGACCAACUUCAACCACGAGCGGCUCAGCAUCGCCGUGGGCACGACGCGGACGGCGCGCGUGGCGCUCAGCGCGGCCUUUGAGUACAUUUUGCGCCGCGAAGCCUUUGGCAAACCCCUCGCCGACCAGCCCGUGGUGCGCAACCGGCUCGCCAAGGCCGGGGCCCUGCUCGAGAGCCAGUCGGCCUGGGUCGAGCAGUUUGCCUACCAGAUGACGCAACUACCCAAGGAUGAUGCCGACCGCGAGCUCGGUGGGCUCACAGCCAUGCUCAAGGCCCAGGCUGGCAUUGUACUCAAGGAGUGUGCCGAUACCGCGGUGCUGCUCUUUGGUGGUAAUGGCUACACGCGCAGCGGCCAGGGUGAGAUUGCCGAAAUGAUUUGGCGCGAAGUUCCCGGAGCUAGAAUUCCUGGCGGUUCCGAGGAUGUCAUGCUCGACUUGGCAGUGCGCCAGCUGAUCAAGUUAUACAAGGCCAAGACGCAGGCAUUGGAAGGUGGAUCGAAGCUGUAG